AUGAAUCCCCACAUAUCCGUCCCCCGUCAACAUGGCAGCUCUCCCAACUUCGGCGGCUUACCCGCAAACCGCGGAUCGACUAUACGAAUGCCGCGUUUCUUCAAGAGAAUGUUUAAGUUUCCCCAGAUGGACUUCGAGAUGGCCAUCUGGGAGAUGACAUCCCUACUAAUCGCGCCAAAGAAGGUCUUUAAGUCAAUAUACUACCAUAAACAAACGAAAAACACAUGGCACCGACCCGACCCGUCGUUCGCAUAUCUCCUAUCCUUCUUCCUCCUGCUCACAGCUCUCGCCUGGGGUCUCGCAUACGCCCCGUCCUUCGGGUCUAUCAUUCGUCUCUCUUUCCUGUUUAUCUUCUUCCACUUCAUAGGAUCAUCUCUCCUCGUCUCAACGAUUGGCUAUUUCGUCAUUGGCCGUCUCUUCGGUCCAAACGGCGCCGCAGCAUCAAUAACAGGCCUACGCAUUCGCGGACGGCGGCGUGGCGCGGCGCAGGGUCUCUUCACGCAACCUGGUGAAAAAGAUCAGUUGGAGUUCGGAUAUUGUUUUGAUGUAUCGAACCGCGCGUUUUUCCCGCUCUACCUACACCUCUACGUCGUGCAAUUCCUCCUGCUUCCGCUCCUCACACGUAGCCCGAGUAACUUGCUCGCCACCUUUUUAGGAAAUACCCUUUAUCUCUCUGCGCUUACGUAUUAUACGUAUGUUACCUUUCUCGGCUAUAACGCGCUUCCAUUCUUGCAUAACACAGAGCUUCUUCUACUACCGAUCCUAGUCUUUGCGAUCUUGUGGCUUGUUAGUCUUAUUGCGGGGUGGGGCGUUGUCAUGCAGGGACGGAGCGUAGAAGGGUUAUUUUGGGGCGUAUAA